CCUGUCUCGUACUCUGAUGGGCCUUGCCUGCUGGAGAAAUUUCAAUCUUUGCAGAACCAUCAUACUGUAAAGUUUAUUUUGUGGAGCAUAAUAAUGGCAGAUGACGAGCUGGAAGCAAUAAGGCGGCAAAGAAUGGCGGAGCUGCAGGCGAAACACGGGAAUGGAUCGAAUAACCAACAAGGAGAGGAGGCAAAACAAAGGGAGGCUGACAUGAGAAAUACAAUAUUGGCUCAAGUACUUGAUCAGUCUGCUCGUGCCAGAUUGAGUAACCUUGCUUUAGUAAAGCCAGAGAAAGCCAAAGAUGUUGAGAACUAUCUCAUUCAAAUGGCUCGUUUUGGGCAGUUAGGUGGAAAGAUUUCGGAGUCUGGUUUAAUUGAGAUUUUAGAAAAAGUUAGUCAGCAAACACAGAAAAAGACAACUGUCAAAUUUAACAGGCAGAGGGUGAUGGACUCCGAUGAUGAGGAUGAUUACUGACUUGAGAUCCCUGGAGUGAGAGAGAAAAUUGCAUUCAGAUUUGCUAGGACAUUUUGAAGCAGUAGGAGCAGCUAGUUUUAGUUCUAUAAGCUCCUGUGAUGUUAUGAUGGCUACUGGUUAUUGGACCGCCCUUCCAAAACAGAAGUUACAAGUGAUGCUGUUGAAAUGGUUUCAAGAUAUUUCUUUUCUGUUUGUUCAGUUUGCAUUGAUUCCCAAUUUUGCAUUUAUAUAAUUAAUCACAUUUACAUCUUAACGGUUGCUUUUUUUACCCAUUGAAACAUGUCAUAGUCUAGGGACAAG